AUGUCUGAUGAAGUUUACGAGGGCGCGAUCGGCAUCGAUCUAGGCACGACCUACUCUUGCGUUGCCAAUUAUGAAGGAACGAACGUGGAAAUCAUCGCCAACGAGCAAGGCUCCUUCACCACACCUUCUUUUGUUUCGUUCACGGAUGAGGAGCGAUUGAUCGGCGAGUCAGCCAAGAACCAAGCUGCUAUGAAUCCAGCGAACACGAUAUUUGAUAUCAAGCGCCUGAUAGGACGAAGGUUCGACGACCAUGUCGUGAAGAAGGAUAUCGAAUCAUGGCCUUUCAAGGUUAUUGACCAAGGCGGAAGUCCCGUAGUACAGGUUGAGUACCUCAAAGAGACAAAAAUAUUCACGCCUCAAGAAAUAUCCUCUAUGGUGCUGAUGAAGAUGAAAGAAGUUGCCGAGACGAAGCUAGGCAAGAAAGUCAAGAAGGCGGUUGUCACGGUGCCCGCCUACUUCGAUGACAACCAGAGACAGGCCACGAAAGAUGCCGGAGCUAUUGCAGAUCUGCAAGUACUUCGAAUCAUCAACGAGCCUACUGCCGCUGCGAUUGCAUAUGGUCUCGGCUCGGGGAAGUCAGCAAAGGAGCGUAAUGUGCUGAUCUACGACCUCGGAGGAGGUACCUUUGAUGUAUCAUUGCUUCAUAUCCAGGGAGGUGUUUUCACGGUCAAAGCUACUGCCGGUGAUACUCAUCUGGGGGGCCAGGAUUUCGAUACGAAUCUCCUUGAUCACUUUAAGAAAGAAUUUCAACGAAAGACGAAAAAGGAUAUUGGAAACGAUGCACGUGCCUUGAGACGGUUAAGGACGGCCUGUGAGAGGGCCAAACGCACACUCUCGAACGGCACACAGACGACAGUGGAAAUUGACUCUUUAUUCGAGGGCGAAGACUUCAACGCGCAAAUAACAAGAGCUCGUUUUGAAGACCUCAACGCAAAGGUCUUCAACGGUACCUUAGACCCAGUCCAACAGGUACUCAAAGACGCUGCGCUAGAGAAGGGCAAGGUAGAUGAGAUUGUGCUUGUAGGAGGCUCAACACGUAUUCCAAGGAUACAAAAGCUGCUUAGUGACUUUUUCGAUGGCAAAAAACUUGAGAAGAGCAUAAAUCCUGAUGAAGCUGUGGCAUACGGUGCAGCAGUUCAGGCCGGUAUUCUGUCAGGCAAAGCUACUUCCGCCGAUACAGCAGAUCUCCUCCUCCUCGACGUCGUUCCCCUAUCUCUUGGUGUGGCUAUGGAGGGAAAUAUUUUUGCCCCUGUGGUUCCGCGUGGUCAGACCGUACCAACGAUCAAGAAACGCACUUUCACAACAGUCGCCGACAACCAACAGACUGUACAAUUCCCAGUAUUUCAAGGCGAGCGCGUUAAUUGCGAAGAUAACACGUCUCUUGGAGAGUUCACCCUAGCUCCGAUACCCCCGAUGAAGGCUGGGGAUGCUGUCCUUGAGGUCGUCUUUGAAGUCGAUGUCAAUGGUAUUCUCAAGGUUACGGCAACGGAGAAGACAUCUGGACGGAGUGCAAAUAUCACAAUCUCGAACUCCGUAGGUAAAUUGUCAUCAGGCGAAAUUGAAUCCAUGAUCAACGAUGCCGCCAAAUUCAAAAAUUCCGACGACGCGUUCAGCAAGAAGUUUGAAGCCCGGCAACAGCUCGAAUCCUAUAUCUCUCGCGUGGAAGAAAUCACGUCCGACCCAACUAUGUCUCUGAAGCUCAAGCGGGGUACGAAAGAAAAGAUUGAAUCCGCUCUCAGUGAUGCAAUGGCGCAGCUCGAGAUCGAGGACAGCAGUUCUGAUGACUUGAAAAAGAAAGAGUUGGCCCUUAAGAGGCUGGUAACUAAAGCUAUGUCGACUCGCUAA